AUGGCUUUUGCUGCUCCUAAACCUCAUGUCAUGGUGCUACCCUUCCCUGCACAAGGUCAUGUCAUUCCACUCAUGGAGUUGUCCCAUAGGCUAGUUGAUUACGGAUUCAAGAUUGACUUCAUAAACACCGAGUUCAACCACGAUCGUAUCUUCAAGUCCAUGCAAAACAAAGGAGCAAUCCCUGAGGGUUUACACAUGCUCUCAAUUCCAGAUGGUAUGGACCCUGAUGAUGAUCACACAGACAUUGGCAAGAUGGUCGGGGGCUUAUCGGCUGCCAUGCUCAGCCCCCUUGAGGAGAUGAUCAGAAGCAAGAAGAUAAAAUGGGUGAUAGCAGAUGUGUCUAUGAGCUGGGUGCUAGAACUGACAAAUACAGUGGGAGUACGUAUUGCUUUGUUCUCAACUUACUCAGCAUCUGUGUUUGCACUAAGGAUGAAACUGCCCAAACUGAUCGAGGAUGGUGUUAUUGAUGAAAGCGGGAAUGCGAAAGUGCAUGAGAUGAUCCAACUGAUGCCACCCAUUGAUUCAACUGAGAUCCCCUGGGUCAGCCUGGGCAGCACCCCAGAAAGACGCAGAGUGAACAUACAGAACGUGAUUAGGACUAACAGAUUGAUAGUGCUUGCUGAGGCCAUCAUCUGCAACACAUUCAGAGAAGUAGAACCUGAAGGGUUGGCUCUCAUCCCCAAUGCAUUACCCGUAGGUCCACUGGUAGUGCCGAUGUCAAAUCCGACUGGUCAUUUUUUGUCUGAAGAUCUGACUUGCCUCACCUGGCUUGACAAGCAAGCCCCCAGCUCUGUCAUUUACGUGGCAUUUGGGAGCUCUACUGUCUUUGACGUGACAAGAUUCCAUGAACUCGCCACUGGACUUGUGUUAUCGGGCUGGCCGUUCGUAUGGGUGGUUCGGCCAAACUUCACCAAAGAAAUCAAUGAGGACUGGUUCAACCAAUUCAAGCAAAGUGUCAAUGGGAAGGGACUGAUCGUUACUUGGGCUCCCCAGCAAAGGGUACUGUCACACCCCUCAGUCGCUUGCUUCAUGACACACUGUGGGUGGAACUCGACGAUGGAAGCUGUGCUGCAUGGUGUCCCAUUCUUGUGCUGCCCCUACUUUGCUGACCAGUUCUGCAACCAGAGCUACGUGUGCAAUGUGUGGAAAACAGGCCUGAAGCUUUGUUCCAACGAGCAAGGGGUCGUCACAAAGGAGGAGAUCAAGGAAAAGGUCGUGCAGCUGAUGAGCGACAAGGAUAUCAAGGCGAGGGCAGUUAUGUGGAAGAACAUGGCAUGUGCAAGCAUCAGAGAGGGAGGAUCCUCUCAUGCGAACUUGCUCAAACUUGUGAAAGUGCUACGAGAAGGAUGA